AUGGGUAAACAACAAAAACAUAACAAUAAUAAUCGUAAAGCAUCUUCUAAAGGACCUAAAAUUGAUGAGAGUGCUCUUCUUGAACGUAUUGAAGAGUACAUGGAAUCACAUGAUAAAACAUCAAUUGGGGAAAAGGAAAUAUUACCACUCUGUACAUACUUGAGAAAAUCACAUGAAAAGGAUUAUAAACAAAUUCCUUUAUUGGAUUUUAAAGAAAUUUGUCUAGUAGCAAUUGAUAGACUUCUCGGAGAAGAUGAAUCAUCAUCAUCGGAAGAAGAACAAAUUUCAAAAGAAGAAUUAGAAAAGAGAAUGCAAAAAGUUGCCAAACUCAAGGAAGUUAUUAAUAAUGAAAAGACUUCAAUGAAUUACCAAUUACAAAAUGUCUAUAAGGAACAAUCAACUAACAUUUCUCUUGAAAAUAAUGAAAAUGACUUGAAGAGAAAGAGAGAACAACCAAAUUCUUCUUCAACUACUACCAAUACUACUCCUUCCAAUUCUCAAUCUUCUUCCUCUAAUAAUACUUCUGCUUCAUCCAAUUCGAAUACUGCUUCAUCCAGUUCAUCAUCAAAGGAAGUGAAAGAAGCUCCACCUCAGAAAAAGACCAAAUCGGAUCCAAGUAGUGGCUCCUCCAAAAAACCAAAGAUUAUUGUUGAAACACCAAAUAUUAGAUUUAGUGAUAUUGGAGGUAUUGAUAAUAUUUUACAAGAUAUUCGUGAAUUGAUUGAAUAUCCAAUUUUGCAUCCAGAAAUUUACUCAACAUUGGGUGUUGAACCACCACGUGGUAUUUUACUUCAUGGUCCACCUGGUUGUGGUAAAACCAUGUUGGCUAAUGCAAUUGCUGGUGAAUUACAAAUUCCAUUCCUUAAAGUUUCAGCUCCUGAAAUUGUUAGUGGUAUGAGUGGUGAAUCUGAGGCCAAGAUUCGUCAAAUUUUCCGUGAUGCAAUUUCCAAUGCACCAAGUAUUAUUUUCAUUGACGAAAUUGAUGCAAUUUUAAGUAAGAGAGAUAAUGCUUCAAAGGAAAUGGAAAAACGUAUCGUUGCUCAAUUGAUUACUUGUUUGGAUGAUUUAACAUUGGAAAAAACUGGAGGUAAAACAGUAAUUAUAAUUGGUGCCACAAAUAGACCUGAUUCAUUAGAUGAUGCUUUGAGAAGAGCUGGAAGAUUUGAUAGAGAAAUUUCACUUGGUAUUCCAGAUGAGAAGGCCAGAAUGAAAAUUCUCAACAUUCUCACUAGAAAAUUAAAAUUGGAUGGUGGACAUGAUACUUUUGAUUUUAAAACCAUUGCACACAAUACUCCUGGUUAUGUUGGUGCUGAUUUGAAAGCUCUUGUUAAUGAAGCUGCUAUUGCUGCAAUUCACAGAAUAUUUGGUGAUAUUGUCUUUGGAACUGAGCAACAACAAGGGGAUGAUCCAAUGGCAGUUGAUACAGCUGCUUCACCUACUACUCCUGUCACUUCAACUGUUUCACAUGAUUCACCAGAGGAUAUUAAGCGUAGAAAUAUCAUUUCUGAAACUCUUCGUUCCAUGAAGGAACCAUUAACAGAACAACAAUUAGCCAAUCUUUAUGUAACAUUUAACGAUUUUGAAAAGGCCAUUAAGAAGGUUCAACCAAGUGCUAAACGUGAAGGUUUUGCAACAGUUCCAAAUGUUACUUGGGAUGAUAUUGGUGCUUUGGAAGAAGUUCGUGAAGAAUUGAGAAUGGCCAUUAUGGAACCAAUUAAGAAUCCAGAUCAUUAUAAGAAACUUGGACUUACAGCUCCAGCUGGUGUUUUACUUUAUGGUCCACCUGGUUGUGGUAAGACAUUGUUGGCUAAGGCCAUUUCAAACGACAGUGGUGCUAACUUUAUUUCAAUUAAGGGACCUGAACUUUUGAACAAAUAUGUUGGUGAAUCUGAAAGAGCUGUCAGACAAGUUUUCAGUCGUGCUGCUGCUUCAUCACCUUGUGUAAUUUUCUUUGAUGAAAUGGAUGCCUUGUGUCCAAAGAGAGAUAAUGAAUCUAGCUCACAAAGUUCUGAACGUGUUGUAAAUCAAUUAUUGACUGCCAUGGAUGGUUUAGAAUCGAGAGGAAUGGUAUUUGUCAUUGCAGCAACCAACAGACCUGACAUGAUCGAUUCAGCCAUGUUACGUCCAGGUCGUUUGGACAAACUUCUCUACGUUAAAUUACCAAACGAACAAGAACGUAUCAGUGUCUUGAAAACCAUUGCUAGAAAGACACCUCUUGCUUCAGAUGUAAACUUGGAAGAAAUUGCCAAAUUGUGUGAAAACUUUUCAGGCGCUGAUUUGGCUGCUUUGGUUAGAGAAGCUGCAACAUCAUGUUUGAAAGAACAUUUAUUGAAAGGAAGAUCUAAUACUAAUACUCCAAAUAAGGCAAUUGGUGAAAUGAUUGUAACGAGAGAACAUUUCAAGAUUGCCUUAAAGAAGAUUCCACCUUCAGUUUCUUCUAAGGAUUUGAAGAUUUAUGAAAAGAUUGCAAGUAGUUUGAGAACUAGUAGAAAUCACAUUAAUAUGGACGAACCAAAUACUCCAAUUCCACAAUCAGAUGUUGAAAAAAGUGAAUCAUCUGCUCCACAAACUAAACAUUUAAAAGUUGAUACAAAUAGUGGAAAGAAAGAUCAAAAAUCAAAUGUUGAUCCAAAGAAGAAGAAUAAGAAGUAAAUGAAUUAAAAGUUCGAAAAUAAAUUGUAAAUACAAGUUCAUC